AUGAAUAGAAGACGGGCAAAUGUUGCUGCUGCAAUGCUGUCACAAUCUCCAGUAUUAGUGUUCGAGAUGCCCACAAAAGGAGUUGAUAUCAGGACCCGGCGAUUCACUUGGAGCGCCAUGCGUUCAGCUCAACGAGCAGGACGAGCAAUUUUAUUUGCAACCGAUUCUGCGGAAGAAUGCGAAGUUUUGUGCGAUCGGGUUGGCAUCGUUUACAAGGGAAGGCUGUUGACUCUUGGCACUCUUCCACUACUGAAAAGGAGGUUUGGUAACUUUGUGGUAAUUGAAUUGUGUCCCGCAACUCCCUUCGAUAAGGAUGAGGUUAUUAACACGAUAAAGUCGGCUUUCCCAAAUGCUUCAUCGCUCCCAAAUACUUCUUCAUGUUCUCAAAUGUUGAAAUGGAAAAUACCGUUUCCUGAAAACGCAAGUAUGUCGGAAUAUCUUGAUGUACUCAAAGAGGUCAUACGACUGCUUCCACUUCGCGAAAGCUGUAUCAUGCGUGCGCCAUUGGACACUGUAGCACAGAACGUUAUCGAUAUUUUGACGGAAGAAAACAGUAAUCCAGACAAAAAGCCGUAA